UGGGAUCGCCGUUCCGGGAGCCGGGACUACUUCGGCUUCCCAUUGAGAAAACGACGGGCGCAGCGCAGGGAUACGAUAAGGUCGUGAGCAGGUGUAUGACGCAAAGCAAACACGUCGCAAAGGAUGUGGUUAAUACGCGUCUUAUUCUGGAGUUUAUCCGGUAAUUAAGGUCGCUUUCCUGCCUCCAAACUGAAUCGUGUGCGAGCAAGGAUGGAGGACAGCGUGUUUGGAGAGACAGAACGACCGUGAGAAGCUGUAAUCACCUGCUGACCUUUCAUCUUUGGACUUCUGCAUAAAGCCAGGUCUCGGCCUUGCUGAUCACUCUCGCCAUGUCAGGAAGUUACACUCCAGUACCAGGUGGACCCUUCUCAGCUCUGACCCCCAGCAUGUGGCCUCAGGACAUCCUGGCCAGAUGCUGCCAGGAGUCCCCUGAUGAACCCGAGGUUCAGUACGAUGAGUUUGGGUUUCGGAUUGAUAGUGAAGAUGGUGUGGAAGUCCAGGACCCCCUCACAGGUGACAGGUCACCCCAGCACGAGGACCCCCAGCAGCGGCUGCGCUGGCAGGCCCACUUAGAGUUCACCCAUAACCACACAGUGGGUGACCUGACCUGGGACCUGAUCGCCCCCCUGCUGCCCCGCUCUGACCGGCUGCGGGCACUGGUUCUGGGGGGUAUUCCGCACAGCAUGAGGCCCCAGCUGUGGAUGCGGCUCUCGGGGGCCCUUCAGAAGAAGAGGACGUCGGAGAUCCCCUACAGGGAGAUCAUCAAGAACAGCUCCAAUGACGACACCACUGCAGCCAAGCAGAUAGAGAAAGACCUGCUGCGCACCAUGCCCUCUAACGCCUGCUUCAGCACCCUGACCAGCGUGGGCGUGCCCCGGCUCCGGAGGGUUCUACGCGGCCUGGCCUGGCUCUACCCGGAUAUUGGCUACUGCCAGGGCACCGGCAUGGUGGCUUCAUGCCUGCUGCUCUUCCUGGAGGAGGAGGACGCACUGUGGAUGAUGUGUGCCUUGAUUGAGGACCUGCUGCCACCCUCAUACUUCUCUUCCACGCUGCUGGGCGUGCAGACGGACCAGCGUGUGCUCAGACAGCUGAUCGUGCAGUACCUGCCCUGCCUGGAUCGGCUCCUGCAGGAGCAUGACAUUGAGCUGUCCCUCAUCACGCUGCACUGGUUCCUCACAUCCUUCGCCAGUGUGGUGGACAUACGCAUCCUCCUGCGCAUAUGGGACCUGCUCUUCUACGAAGGUUCAGUUGUGCUGUUCCAGGUUACACUGGGCAUGCUGAAGAUCAAGGAGGGGGAGCUGGUGUCCUCAGAGAAUUCCGCCUCCAUCUUCAACACGCUGUCAGACUUGCCCAGCCAGAUCGAGGAUGGCACGGCAGUGCUUGGGGAGGCAAUUCGCUUGGCGGGGGCACUGUCCCAGGAGAACCUGGAUGCCCAGCGUCACAAACACCUGGCCUAUAUCCUAGCUGAACAGGCCCAGCUGAACUCCAACAACUCGCACGCCCUCACUAGCAGCCUCAACAAGGUGGUACGCAGGCAGAGCCAGCGCAGAAAGUCGACGCUCAGUUCGCUGCUCUUUGGGGAGGAUGAGACCGAAGUGCUCAAGGCCAAGAAUAUCAAGCAGACGGAGCUGGUGGCUGCCCUGCGGGAGGCCAUCGGCCGCACAGCCGAGCACUUCCACUGCCUAGACCCGCGCAACUGCAGCGCCGACCUGACCCCCGAUUACUCCAUGGAGAGUCACCAGCGGGACCACGAGAAUUUCGCUGUGGUAUCGCGUAACAGGCGGCGACGUGCCAAAGCCCUGCUGGACUUUGAGCGCCAUGACGACGACGAGCUGGGCUUCCGUAAAAAUGACAUCAUUACGAUAAUCUCUCAGAAGGAUGAGCACUGCUGGGUGGGCGAGCUGAAUGGGCUCCGAGGUUGGUUUCCGGCUAAGUUCGUUGAAGUUCUCGACGAGCGGAGCAAAGAGUACUCGCUUGCUGGGGAUGACUCGGUGACUGAGGCUGUCACUGACCUCGUCAGGGGGACGCUCUGCCCAGCCCUGAAGGCCAUCUUCCAGCAUGGUCUGAAGAAGCCCUCCAUACUAGGUGGUCUCUGUCACCCCUGGCUCUUCAUCGAAGAGGCUGCCAGCCGGGAGGUGGAGCGCGACUUUAACUCUGUCUACUCCAGGCUGGUGCUCUGUAAGACCUACAGGUUAGACGAGGACGGCAAGGUGCUGACGCCAGAGGAGCUGCUCUACAGGGCUGUACAGUCUGUGAACAUGAGCCACGACACGGCACACGCCCAGAUGGACGUGAAGUUCCGCUCUCUCAUCUGCGUCGGCCUGAAUGAGCAGGUACUGCACCUGUGGUUGGAGGUUCUCUGCUCCAGCAUGGCAGCGGUGGAGAAAUGGUACCAGCCAUGGUCCUUCCUCCGCAGCCCAGGUUGGGUCCAAAUCAAGUGUGAGCUGAGGGUUCUGUCCAAAUUUGCCUUCAGCCUCUCACAGGAUUGCGAACUGCCAGCAAAGAAGGAGGAGAAGGAGCAGAGACCCCUGAAGGAGGGCGUUCAGGACAUGCUGGUUAAACACCACCUCUUCAGCUGGGACAUUGACGGCUAGAUGCUGAUGCCAACACACAAACUCUUAAAUUCCCCCUGGAGCACACACACUCCCCCCCCCCCCCAGUAUAGCAGUGUUCUUGAACCCUCACACACAUCAUCAUGCUAAACUAAGACUCCACUCCUCCGAUUUUGGGACUCUCCCGUGUGACUCUGCACAUCAAACAUCAGCCACGGACAGAUGCUUGAAAAGAUGAUGAUGAUGAUGAUGAUGAUGAUGAUCUCAGUGUGGAGACACCCCACCCCCGGCCAUGCUCUCCUUUGACUCCUAAUUCCUUCCUGCCUUCCUAAUUCCUUCAGAAGGCUGCAAUGUGUCAUUUGUACAGCUGGGUGUCUAAUACAUUUCCUAAAUGUAACCUGUACUAUUUCAGUGUCCUAUUCCCCCAGAUGUACCCACCUCCUGAACCUGCUGCUCUUUCGACUCGCUACCGCCCCCUAUUGAUGACUGCAUUGUACUUUAACAUGCUGGGUGGGUUGUGGGCGUCCGCCUCUUCGUCCUGCUUGCCCUGUCAAAGCGGUGCAUGCGCCGAACAGGAUGUCAGAAUUUGUAACUUCCUGCUUAUCAAGCAGUUUGGCUGAGGCCCUUGGGUUGGCCUUGCAAACCAGCAGUGAAACUCUCACACCUUCCUUGAUUUGUAACCUUUAAAACCAUGACUGCUGUAGGCUGUGUGUGCAGCUUGCUGAGAGGUGGCAGGUGCUGUGCUCUUACUCAGCCCAGCAGCUGGAAAGCUGGGUCAUUUCAUCCCGUUGUUCUGAAUGUGCGGUUAGAUUUUCUAUGGUCCUCGCUACCUGUAGGUGGUGCUGCACGGCUGUGCUCUCACCAGGCCCUCUGAGCGGUGGGUAGUUUGUGAGAAAUCUGGUGUGGUUGCAGAGCAGCGGGGGAGCCCACAGCGCUCAAUCAUGUUUACCUGCAUGUACAGAAAGAGAAAAUAAAGGUCUGUAUAUAUGUAA